GACAGCAUGAACCCAGGAAGGGCUGUAGAGAGUCAGAGAGACUGAGUUUAGGAGCCGCCGGCAGACACCGUGAGAUGAGUUUUCUGACCCAUUGGGCUCAUUUAAUCCAGGUCUGCAGUGCUGUUUAUAUCGCUGUUUACAACCAGCGCGAGUCGCGAGUGAGGCUGGUCGUUCGUGUGAGGUCGCUCUCGGGGGUCUCGUUAAGUGGGCGCAUUUUUGACCGUUAGUCAUGUUUGUUUGUCGGCGCUGUGUGCGUGUGCUGCGCUCCGCGCUGCUGUACGUUCAGCCUCCCGUCACACCGGCCUCACCUCUGCCUGCUGGAGGAGCUGUUGACCUGCGCUACAGGUCCGUAACAACCGGCCACAGUUCGGCGUCACUGCUCCCUCGGAUGCCCUCAGGGCGUCGCAGGGAGAGGAGGGAGUCUUGUGGCAUUCGGUACCUCACUGACCACACUGAGCAGAAGAGUGCCUCACCACACGGUCAGACGAGCAGCAGUGUCCUGCAGCAGAGCAACCAUAAAACCGCGCAAGGAGAGGCCUUUAAACUGCACAGAGAAGCCAGCAGAUCAGUGUCCGUUCCUGCGGCUCAGACGUUGAUCGAUUUGGAUGCAGUGCCAUGUCCAUCUCCAUUUGAGGAGAUCAGUGAGGAGGAUGCCAUACAGAUCACUGUUCCUUCUGACCUGCCCCCUGUUACAUUUACCCUGAGGGAUUAUGUGGACAAAUCAGAAACGUUAAGACGACUUGUUGAGCUAGGCGUCAAUCUGUCAAAACUAGAGCAACGGCCUAAUGUGGGCUCCAUGCUGGUGAGACUGGACUUCCAAGCAGAUGUGGCACCACGACUCUUUUUCCUGAAAGACCUGGGAGUUGAAGACUCUCAGUUAGGCCUGCUGCUCACCAAAAACCCCUUUAUACUCACAGAGAGCUUGGAAAAUCUGCAGGCCAGGGUCUCAUAUCUGAAGUCAAAGAAGUUCAGUUCAGAGUCAGUUGCUGCCAUGGUGAGCAAAGCUCCAUAUCUGCUCAACUUCAGCAUUAAGAGGCUGGACAACCGGCUGGGAUUUUUUCAAGAGCAGUUGGGCCUCAGUGCUCAAAAGUUGCGAGAUGUUGUGACUCGUCUGCCUAGAUCACUGUGUGGCAGUUUAGAACCAAUAAAGGAAAACUUGAAGGUAUAUGAACUAGAGUUUGGCUUUCGGAAAAAUGAAAUCCAGCACAUCGUCACAAAGGUUCCAAAAGUCCUAACGGCUAAUAAGAGGAAAAUGACACAAGUGUUUGACUUCGUCCAUAAUGUUAUGGGUGUUCCUCAUUCCCUUAUUGCAAACUUCCCACAGGUCCUGAAUGCAAAAUUUCUUCGUAUAAGAGAGCGACACUUGUUCCUUGAGUACUUAGGACGAGCUCACUAUGAUCCAGCUCAUCCCAACUACGUCUCUCUGGAGCGCCUGGUGUCUCUGCCUGAUGAGACCUUCUGCUCUGAAGUGGCUUUAGCUUCUCUUGAUGAUUUUGAACGAUUUCAGAAAACUUUGUGAAAACUAAAUAAAUAAAAGUGAUGUUGCUGAUGUA